GGGAAGCAGACUCACGGGGAAUUCUUGGAGCGGCGAGUCUGUCUCGCUCGCUCGCUCUCCCCUCUGCUGGAGUGUGUUGGAGCGGAGACAAGAGUGUAAUUCCUUUUUUAAAAAAAAAGGCAGGGAGAGAGAGAAGGGAAAGGAAAGAAGAAGAGAUUCUUACUGGAAUCAGGGCACCGUGAGAAGGCUCUGCGGGGGAGGGGAACGGAAGCAAGAUUUUCACAACCAAGUUUUGUGGCUGCCGCUUGCUAGAAGAGCGAUUCAGACAGGGGGUCCUUUUUUGUAUUGUGGGGAGUUGUGUUUGUUUUUCUUUUCCCCCUCCUCUUCCCUUUCCAGGCUCUGUUCCGCAGCCUAACUGUGUAAGGGAGAGCAGAGGGAAGGGAUACACAGACUCACAGCAACAAGAAAACAAACCACAGAAAGAAAACCCGUCUUCGAACCUUCAGCCUUUGCAACCAACGGAGAGAAGGGGGUGGUUGGAGAGAAAGAGGGAGGAAAAUAAAAUACAUACAUAGACAGGCUCCAGGAGUUCCAGUAUCCAAAGCGGAGACCUCAGGCAGCAGAAGCGACAUCACUGGAUUUUUUUUUCUUCUUCUGCAUACUUUUCAAUUGCAAGAACUUCCACUCAGGGGGAAAAACCCAUAACACUUAGCAGCAGCAGCAGCCACUAGGAGAAAGUGUCUUGAAUGAUUAUGUCUCCCGACUGGGCCACUUCCAGUCUGUAGAGUUUUUCUGUUUCCUGUGCUGUGCAUCUAUCUAUAGUACUCCUCAGCACCAUCCCCCAUUUGGGGUGAUUUUUUCUCCCACAAUGUACUGUUAGAAACCACUCAAGGGCUGCUCCAGCAGUAGGAAAAUCGGGGGUCGGGUGGGGGUGGAUGAGUAUAUCGAUGAGAGAUCCAGUAAUCCCUGGGACAAGCAUGGCUUACCACCCCUUCUUACCUCACCGGGCACCGGACUUUGCCAUGAGUGCAGUGCUAGGACACCAACCUCCCUUCUUCCCGGCUCUUGCUUUGCCUCCCAAUGGGGCGGCUGCUCUCUCCCUUCCCGGGGCUCUGGCCAAACCGAUUAUGGAUCAAUUAGUCGGAGCGGCAGAGACUGGCAUCCCUUUUUCUUCCCUGGGUCACCAGGCGGCAGCUCAUCUGAGGCCUCUAAAAACGCUGGAGCCAGAAGAAGAGGUGGAAGAUGACCCCAAAGUGCAUCUGGAAGCCAAAGAACUUUGGGAACAAUUCCACAAAAGGGGAACAGAAAUGGUGAUUACUAAAUCAGGAAGGAGAAUGUUUCCUCCAUUUAAAGCGAGAUGUACUGGGCUGGAUAAAAAGGCCAAGUACAUUUUAUUGAUGGAUAUUGUGGCGGCUGAUGACUGCAGAUAUAAAUUCCAUAAUUCCCGGUGGAUGGUAGCUGGCAAAGCUGACCCUGAAAUGCCAAAGAGAAUGUGCAUCCACCCGGAUAGUCCGGCUACAGGAGAACAAUGGAUGUCCAAAGUCGUCACUUUCCACAAACUUAAACUGACUAACAAUAUUUCUGACAAACAUGGAUUUACCAUUCUGAACUCCAUGCACAAAUACCAACCGAGGUUCCAUAUUGUCAGAGCCAACGACAUACUCAAGCUGCCCUACAGUACGUUCAGAACCUAUGUGUUCCCUGAGACUGAAUUCAUCGCUGUGACCGCAUACCAGAAUGAUAAGAUAACUCAGUUAAAAAUUGACAAUAAUCCAUUUGCCAGAGGUUUUCGGGACAACGUGAAUGGAAGGAGGGAGAAAAGGUAAGUCUGAAAAGUUGUC